AUGACCCUGUCGAAUAAGAUCGAAUUCGCCUCAGGAUAUCUUCUUAUCACUGAUGACCUGUUCGAAAAGAUAAAGGAUGGAAUGAUAUAUCAUAUCCACUUACAAACUCUCAGCAAAAGCCUGUUUGGCAGAGAUCAUACACAACUUUCUAGAGAAGAGGAGGACGAGGAGAUGAAGAGAACAGAGCUAUUAGAGGAAAACUAUGAUCAUGCUACAGAGCAAUGUUCCUUUGAUUUUUCUGUUGCUCUUCUGCAGCUGUAUCUCCUUGUGACUUGUCAGGAUGCUCCCGACUGCUAUUCCCAGAUGGAACAGAGUUUUUACAAGGAUGGAGAUAUUGAGAUUGCUGCUUUUUUGCACAUUUACACAUAUGAGAUUCCCAAAACCAUGAUGUGGUUCAGCAAAUAUCGCAGAUUCAGAUGGUUUCAGUCCAAAAACUACCAGUAUGCUCUGGCCUUGGUUUUUGCUAUUGAGGAGAUCAACAAAAACCCCCAUCUUUUACCCAACAUGACCUUGGGAUUUGGUCUCUAUAAUGUCAUGCACAGUGCUAUGACAGUAAUGGAGAACCCCUUCAUCUGGCUUGUGGGACUGGAAGAGGACAUUCCUAAUUACACAUGUAGGAAACAGAGCAAGUCUGUUGCUGUAAUAUCACAAAGCAGCAUUGCUGUCCAAAUGGGGACACUGCUGGAACUCUACAAAAUUCCACAGUUGCACCCAUUUCUGAAGAAUCUCCAGUUUACCAAUCCAGCUGGUGACCUA